GUCCGUGUACGGCUCGCGCUUCGCUGUAGCGCGCGGACAGAUCUUGCACCGCCAGUGCCUUCGCGAGUGAGAGGUCCUGGGACAGCCUAGGUGAAUUGGGAAAGCGCGUGCACGUACAGACGCGCUCCAGAACCAGUCGGGAUUGCUGGCUAACGGUAUAUUUUAUGUAAUUAAAAAGUGCAAAAGCGGUGCUACUAUGACUCUCCCUGGAAAUCGGGAUUUAUGGUUUCAACUUUUCACAACCCUGAAUUUUAUGUUGUCUGCAAUGGAAAUGUUACUGGGCUAAUUAUAACAGUACUGUGAUUCUGCAGAAAAGUUAUUGGGGUAUGCACUGCUACUAUUGACUGCGCUCUGUUUUGCAUAUGUCCGUUACAUCAUCCUCAUCUUGUUGGAGUUUAGUCUGUCAAAAGUUGGUGAAAAAGUUACGGCGCUAAGUCUACAAUGUCGUCGCUGUUUCUGGAUUCUGGUUGGUGGAUUGUUUGGCUCUGCUGUCUCCAUCUACAAGGUCCUGUGGAAUCUCUGGACGUGAUGGUGAGCCCUAGCAUGCAGGUAGCCAGGGGACAAACGGCUAUGUUAAGGUGUGUCUUUAACACCACUGCAGCACUUACCAAUCUCAAUGUCAUCUGGACAGUAGCACCUAUUUCGAAUGCCAACCAACCAGAACAGGUAAUUUUGUACCAAGGUGGGCAGAUUUUCAGUGGCGGAGCACAGUUUCAUGGGAGGGUUGAAUUUGUGGCAACAAUGCCCAGCACUAGUGCCUCUAUCUUCAUCAACAACACCCAACUCCAGGACACAGGGACAUACCAUUGUAUGGUUAACAAUUUGCCUGACCGUGGUGGUCGAAAUAUUGGAGUCAUUGGGUUGACUGUCCUAGUUCCUCCUUCUGCUCCUGUCUGUAAAACAGAAGGAUCCCUGAAUAGUGGAAGUGACAUCAGUCUGAUGUGCAGCAGCACGGAGGGAGUGCCAAGACCUUCUUACAACUGGAAGAAACUGGAUGCUGCCCCUAGAUUGCCUGCUACAGCAUUUCAAGAUCAUCUGCAAGGGACACUCAUCCUCAGAAAUAUCAGCACUGGCUUCUCUGGUCUGUACCAAUGCACAUCUUCCAACACGAUUGGGAUUAGCACCUGUGUGGUAGACCUAAAAGUUACUGCACCCCAGGCACAGAAUGUGGGAGUCAUUGCUGGUGUUGUGUCCGGUGUGAUGGUGUUGAUCAUUUGUAUAGUACUGAUAGCCAUUGUCAUAUACUACUGGAGGUACCGGCACAAGGAUGAGGAAGACGAGAUCCCUAAUGAGAUUCGGGAAGAUGACCUUCCUCCAAAGAGAACUUCUUCAGUGAAAACCUUCCGCACUGAUGCUUCUUCAGAAAACAAUACUCUAGUCUCCUCAAAUACACAUACCAGUCGUUACUGGACUGACCCUCAAGCCAGUUAUAACACCAGUUCCUUCAGUCAGCUGAAUGGAGAAGCACGUCGCUCCUUCUCUAAACGUCAAGCACCACUGGCACCAGUUCAAUCACACCAUCCCAGUGGGAGUCAACCACCUGCGAAAACACUUUUAGUCACUGCUAACACAGCCCCCUCACCAAGGUCAUUGUCAAGAAGCAGUGGGUCUGUUAGUCGAAAUGUGAGGCCUCACCACACACAUUCAUAUGCAGUAAGUCAAGCAGUCCUGGAGAGGACUGGAGGUGCACGGAGCAAAGCUGGAUCUCUUGUAUAGCAUGAAAGACUCACAGACUUCCACCAUAAGGUCAUCAGUGCCAUGAGACUAUACAAAACAGAGCAUGCUGUCGGUCUUAAGUUUCAGGGAAACCUGAAUAACAUUUUGAAGCACACCUUUUUUGCUUCAUUUGAAACCCCAUGUUUUCCUGAAAUUCAGGAGAUAGUUACUUACUUGCAUACUUUUGUGAAAACGCAGGCUAGCCGCGUUGAAGGUUGAAGAUGAACACUGCAUAGGAGAGUCUUAAAUAAUUGGAUUUGGGGUAGUGUUAUCAGCUCUGUCAGCAGUUUGUCAUGGAAUAUGGGCAGUUGAAAAGAAGACUGAAAAUGUAUUGUUCUAAUUAUGAAAAUCAAGAGGCUUUAUCUUAUUUCUUAAAGAGCCUGUCCUGAAUUGCUAAACCUGGAAGAAGGAAAAAUGAAAAUGAAAGUAUAAGAAAAAAAACGAAGCAGUUGGUUCAGCUAGAUGAAGCUUAUCCUGUUUUAUUUUUAAUAACUUUGUUGUCUACUAAUGUGAUGUUGAGCUGAUUGCUGACCUGAGGUGCACUGAGAAAUGAUGACACUUCAUUGUCUGUUCUAAUUUUAAAUAUUUGUUGAUAAGUCUUAAUAUGUUCGCAGCUUGCUCUCUUCCAUUAGCUUGAUGGAAACAAAAUUCUGCUGUUUUGUUUCCAAAACUUGAAUGUAGUAAAAAUAAAAAAGUGCGAACUUAGUGACAUACAAAAUGCAGACUCUUGCUUCUAGCUGUAAUCUUUGCAAAAUGGUGCCCUUUUUGCAGUACAUUAUUUUUUGGGCCAAGAUAGAUUGUGAGCUCUGGGAGAAUUAUAUAGGCUGUAUGCAGAUGUGGCCACAUAAAUGAGGAAGAUACAGGAUCAAAGGCAGUUGCCAAAAAUGCUGUUGCUACACGGUUAUUUUUGUAUUACAGUACAGCUAUGUGGUACUUAGUGCAACUUGUGAAUCAGUCAACCCACUUCAGUCUUAAUUAAUAUUUAUGCCACCAGCCAUAUCUGGGUUUACAACUGGAAUAUUUUCUGUAUUUGAGAAAAUGACUAAAUAAAUACAUUCUAAUAUUAAA